GGUAACUUCAUCUGGCUCAUUUUGUCAAACUUCUUACUGUAAAUGCUGUAUAAAUCACUGGUCACUAUCCACACAUUCAUGGUAGUUAUGCUGAGCCUUUGGUCAUGUCUAUGCUUUACACUGACAUGCGACUUAGGCUAUCAGAAUUCUAAGAUCACAUUGAAAAGACUGGUCUAGACGCACAAGUCGCUUUGUGGUCUGUGUUCAGAUCUGGCUGACCACUUCCGGAGGUGAUCUGGGCAUUCUGCCUACCAGAAACGCAUGCAGUUGGCUAUGUCAUCAGCACUCCUCCCACCUGUCUCGAACUUGGAACGGGGCACCUGUUCAUAAUGUUAGGAAAUACCUACCUGUGAGGAAGUUGUUUGCUGGCAUCAUGCUCGCUAGUAUUUAGAAAAACUAUUUUGUUUGGCUGGAGUUUUGCUAACCAGUUUGCUAUCUCUUUAGAGCUACUUGCUGGGUUAGUUGGCUACUGCCAUCAGUUGUUUAGCAUAUUUUGCCUGUUCUGCCGUUUGCAGAAUACAUAUUGGUAUUUUGAAUAUAGCGCAGGAGAAGGGAAUCCGGACACUUAAGUGUAGAUGCAUGGCGCGUUCGGAAUUCCAUGAUAGAACUCCGAAUAUUAAACUGCAUGAACUGUCAAGUCUAGACAUGGCUUGUUUCUCCACGGACUUGUGAAAGUUGUCCAAAUCCUUUCCCGUAGAAGGGUAUCCUGGUAUCCUAGCAACAAUGCGAAAGACGUCGAUGUGAAUUAACUUGCCUCUGAAAAGGUUUGUAUAUCAAGCAGGGUUGUUUUUUUUGUAAAAAUAUUUAACAUGGUUAACUUUUUUCUCCUCAGGCUGAUGUUUCUGCUUUGAGCGCUUGUUAACUUGCCAAGCGUCCUUAUCCCAUUUAGAAUUUAACAUACGAUUGUUUACAAGCGCUAACGUUAUGGAUUAUGAAACUCCAAAGAAUCAGAUGCAUUCUCCUCGGAUUUAUGUGGAGAGAACUCUCGCGUUGAUCAAACCUGAUGCUAUACACCAAGCUGAGGAGAUUGAGGACAUCAUUCUCCGAUCUGGGUUCACAAUUUUACAGAAACGAAAGCUGCAGCUGAGUCCGGAGCAGUGCAGUGACUUCUAUGCUGAGCAGUAUGGGAAGCUGUUCUUCCCCAGCCUAACAGCCUUCAUGAGCUCUGGACCCAUCAUCGCCCUGGCUCUGGCCAGAGACCAGGCUAUCGCCCACUGGAAGACCAUCAUAGGACCUGUUAACUGCACCAAGGCCAGGGAGACUCACCCAGAAUGUCUGCGAGCCAAGUACGGCACCUCUGACCUGAGGAAUGCAGUGCACGGCAGCGACUCGUUCUCCUCAGCCGAGAGAGAGAUCAAGUUCAUGUUUCCCAACUCUGUGAUCGAGCCCAUCCCCAUGGGAGAGGCAGCCAAAGACUACCUGGGCAGGUUUGUGAGCCCCACGCUGCUCAGCGGACUCACUGAGCUCUGCAAACAGAAGCCUGUCGACCCCUUUACUUGGUUGGCAGAUUGGCUGGUCAGACAUAAUCCCAACAAACCUCAAAUAUUUGAUGGGGCAACAGGGGAGGAAGCAGCAUAAACUCAGACACCGGAAAACACCAUCUGCCUUUAACCAGUUAAAUCCAUGUUCAAGAAACUGUUACAUAAAAUCCUGUGAUGAAAUAAAGAAUGAUAUUUUGACAACCGGAA